AGAAUGCUGUCAGAAGACACUGGCCUGAUCUGAAGAACGAAUGUCAGCGAAUCAGCUGAGUUAGAAGUGCACAUAGUAUAUAUUUACAGAAUACCAUACAUAUUGAUGCUUUCAUUAAGUUACAUUAUGUGACGAACAAUUGCCACAUCAACUUCUCAUGAGUAAUGUGUCCUUGGUCUAAUUGUGACUCAUCUGUGAUAUGCAUUUCGUAUUUAGAGCCAAUUUGGACGCCAGUCAAUGGAUAGAAGCAUACCAAGCUACAAGACGCCACACCCGUGACCGUGAUUUCGUUCUCCCGGAACAUUGAUCCCCCAAUCUCAUUUCAGUGUUGACUGAUAACAGAUAAGUGAUAACUGAUGAUAAGAUCCUCAUGAGAUCAGAGACAAGAGUGACGGACACUGAUAUCAAAGAUUGAGGCCAUAAGUUUGGCACAUUGCCACAGCCAAGUAAGGUGGGAUUGUCAAUCCUCUUGGAACUAGCAUUCCUUCCUGGAACACUAGAAAUGUCUCGAAGGGAAGGUAACAAGGAACUAGGCUUGUAAAACAUCAAUUGAUCCAACGAGUUUGCUUCGUCCAGAACCGAAAAUUGUGCCGUCAUGUCUAACUUGCCUUAUCCAACCCGACCAGGAACAUUUCCAUUCCCAGCGGAUGAUGAGGAGCAUAGACCUGACCCUGAAUUUACUCAGCCUUAUCCUCCGUCAACCACCUCAAAUGCUCCAUAUCCCAAUCAUGCUUUUUCAUCAGGCGGAGACGCUCCAUACGUCCCUUCCAUGGGCUAUGGACCAGCCAGUGGUUAUGGAACCCAGCCACUGGGUCCAUAUCCGCCCAUCAACCCUGCCUCGCCUUACCCGGUCAACCCGGUGGGAUACCCGUAUUCAUCAGAUGUGAUGACUGGGUAUCCACCCCCGCCCAACGCCGGGCCUUAUGGAUCGUUUCCCAGUGUCCCAACUCCUCCCUCCAACUCGCAUUUGCCGUAUUCUCCCGUGGUUCAGCCGUAUGCCGUGUAUCCCAGUGCGGCCGAGUUGCCGUCCAACCCAGCGGCUAGUGAGCCUGGAUACGCCCCUGGUUAUGCCCCUCAACCAGGUAUGGAGAACGUUCGGUAUAACGACGCCCCAGGUUUGGGAUCCAAGUUCAUGUCGAAAGGCUUGCAAAAAGCGUUGGGAUCAGAUUCUAAUACAUUAGGUGCCAAAAUUGCAGAAGACGCUUUGAAUCGUUACAUGCCAACAGGGACUCAGUCACAAGAUAGAACGCAAUCCGGUUACAAUGCUAACCAAAGCCAUGGAUUCCCCAUUCCCAAGAUGCCCAAUGUUUUCCGACAAACCAGGGAAUCCAGUGUGCAACAUUUCCGGGAUCAGAAUUACGAGAGCAUUCAGAAAGACUGCCAGCGGAGUGGGCGACCCUUUGAGGAUCCGGAGUUCCCAGCUUCAAAUUCCCUCCUUGUGGACGAUAACUCGCAAUACAUCGUAUCGUACUUUGGCAGAUCUCGCUUCGAUAACUCCAUUCAGUGGCUCAGACCUCAGGAGAUUUGCGACCAGCUUGGUUUGAAUCGGGGGCCAAAAAUGUUUGUGGGCGAAUUAGAUCGCUUUGACAUCAACCAGGGUGAGAUCGGAAACUGUUGGUUUUUAGCGGCCAUGGCCAAUUUGGCGGAGAGCGAGCAGUGCUUCAGCAAGGUGGUGCCACCCAACCAGGACUUUGGUCCAGGCUAUUGCGGCAUCUUCCGAUUCCGUUUUUGGCGAUUUGGUGAAUGGCUUGAGGUGGUCAUAGACGACAGGCUUCCCACCCGAAACGGUGAGCUUAUUUACCUGAGGUCGGUGGAUAAAAAUGAGUUUUGGAGCUCGCUAUUGGAGAAAGCCUACGCCAAACUUCAUGGCUCGUACAAGGCUCUGGAGGGCGGACUGACCAUCGAGGCUGCCGUGGAUUUCUCAGGAGGAAUACCGGAAAUGAUAAGCCUUCAAGAGACCAAAAUGGCACCUGAACGCUUGUUCUAUAUCAUGUCAAAGGCCGACGCUCGAGGAGCAUUCAUGGGAUGUGCUUUGAACAAAGAGAAUGCCAGUGAAGCUCAGCGGAAAGGGCUACAAGCAAGGCACGCCUACACCCUCACAAAGGUCGUUGAAAUCCGCUCAUCUAACGUUCGAGCUGGGAUUCCGUUGGUACGACUGAGAAAUCCCCAUGGAAAUAGCAAGGAAUGGCGCGGAGAUUGGAGUGAUGAUGAUCGUAAUUGGAAGGCCAUUCCUAGCAACAUGAGAAAGACCCUUGGCCUCACGUUUGAGGAUGAUGGCGAAUUCUACAUGUCCUUCCGGGACUUUUUGAAAUAUUUUGGCGAAUUGGAAAUCUGCCAUCUUACUCCCGAAGCCCUGGAUGUUGGCGAUAACGAGCGGAAAUUUGACGUGUUUCACUUUCUUGGGGAAUGGAAACGGAACUUCAGUGCCGGAGGGUGCGGAAAUGAGGGAAUGAAUGCAUUUGCGAUGAACCCUCAAUUUUUCAUCAAUUUGAGUGAUCCGGAUCCUUACGAUGAGGAGACCCAAUGUCCAAUGAUUGUGUCUUUGUGUCAAAGACAAAAAACUAGAAAGACCGAGCAUGCCAUCGGGUUCAAGGUGUACCAGUGUGACCUGGACACCAAAACCCUGGAUGAAAGAUAUUUGAAGACUCACAACUCCAUGGAACGCACAGAUACAUUCAUUAAUUUGCGUGAGCUGAGUAAGAGGAUGGUAUUGCCCGCAGGACGGUAUUGCAUCAUCCCUUGUACUUUUAAACGCGGUGACGAGGGAGAAUUUCUACUCCGAAUUUUUGUAGAGCGUCGAUGGGGCAGCUCUGAGCACGGAAAAGGUCAAGCUGUAAUGGCUUCAAUGGAUGGCAAGCAAAGAGUUAUUCCCGCCGAUAUCGGUGGCUUCUCCGACCGUCUCUCUAAUCUAAGUAUUGGAGGGGCUAGUAGAAGUGAUGAUCCGGGAAUGGCUCCGUCAGCUCCGUCGAAGUCUUCAAACCCCAAGAAAAAUAAAAGAGACAAGAUCGUUGGAUUUGCACUCAAGAAACUGGAACAGAACUUUCCUCAACAUACACGGGGAUUGAGAGCUCUUCAGAGCUUCUACAAUUGGGCGACCGACAGAGAUUCUGAAUUUGACCUGCUUAAAACCAUUGUCAAGUCUAUAUAAGAGGUUCAGAUAAUCUUAUGGAAUGGUGCUUUAAUAUAUUACUUCAUGUUAAAGAAAGAAGCUCUGCUGCGAA